CAUACCUUUGCCUGCCAUGUAUAUAUACUAUAAACUUUCUGAGAAUCUUCAUGAGAAACAAAUAUACAUGUUAGUGAUGAUAAUUACUGGAUAACUGGGGAUAACUGGUGCCCAUGUCGCGUGGUGUCAUGGGAAGUGUCGCGGUGUGCUUGAGGAGGAGGAAAAUGGAGUCUGUUUAUAAAGUUGUGUUUGUACCGUUUGUAUGAAAUAUAUGAAGCUUUUUCCAAAUAUGUUCGUGAUAUUUGACUGUAUAUUUUAUUUUUGAAUUAUAUGCAUAGUUUCAAUUUGGAGACAUAGCGAGGGCGAAAUUUCGCGCAUUUUUACACAAGGUUUCUGAAGAAUUAAAGUUGUAUAAAAUACAGUAAUAGCUGGCAGUAGUGGUGUUAAAAUGUUGAAAAAAGUCAAACCAAAACAGGAGGUUGAGCAAAAGAAAAAGGUAAAGACUUAGAUCUGUUAUUUAUGUUUCUAUUUUCUGUUUAUAACAUAUGUAUGAUUAUAUAUUAAUAUGAUUUUGUAGUACGACCUCCAUACCGUCUGCACAGAAUAAAGACACACAGAAGGUUAACUCAGCCAAAAAAGCAUAACCACUGCCACGCCAUGUUUCGCAAUGAUUUGUCUUCAAAAUGCUGACACCAUGCUCUUAUGAGAAGCAUUCAACCAUAUCUAUGCAUUCAACCCCUGGACGUCCACCAUUUUGAAUAUUAUCAGGGGGGGGAGAUGAAUGCCUCUCAUGAGCGCACUGGCUAGGACCAUGGUGUCAGCAUUUUGAUGACAAAUUACGGUUAUGCCCAAAUCAUAGGAAAAACCAAGAAGUUGGUCUUCUGUUUGUCUCUAUUCUGUGAUAUGGUAGUAUAUGACCCCCCUCCCCCCCUUGUUCUUUAUUAAAUAAAUCUCUAUUUACCCAAGACAGCUUUAUUUGACUAUCGAAGAACCAGAUAGAAGCGGUUAUUCAAAGAACGAGGCAGUCGUGUAGAAUGCAGCUGGCAGCUAAACACUUCCAUAUAGUUAGGGGAAGGGAGGUCAUAUACUACAAUACAUUACAUGCAUUCAUAUCCAAAGUCAAUUACAUUCCAUAGUAUAGACCAAAUUAAACUUGUGUUAUGCCUGGACUGCUAGACAGAUGACAGUAUCACACCACUAGACAGGAGAUGUUGCUGUAAACACACCUCCAAAUAGGUUAACCCUUUAAGUGGCAAUGCAUCCUGAGCAGGGCUCAAAUUUUAUCGCAGCAAUUGCCUUAGAGGGAGAACAAAAUGUCAUGGAUCAUUGCUGCAACGACGGCAAUUUUUUGCCGUAUAGUGCAAUUUUUAUACUAUAAUUCACUGUGCAUUACUACUUUGAUACCUGAAUUCAGAUGUUGAUCAAAUCAUGUGUAAAUCACUAUUUUAGUCUCAGUUUUCUUCGAAAAAAAAACACACUAAAGCAAUACGUAGACAUGUUUCUAGCUUGUCAAAAAUCCGAAGUAACAAUAAAAGUAAAGUUUUUUACAGUAAUUUGAAAAAUGCUGUGGAAGCUGCCAAAAUUGCCGUAGGCAGCUGUUACUGCCAUUGCCGUCGAUUGAUUUCAGGGAAAUACGAGGCCUGACCCUGAGGCACCCUACUUUAUUAUUUCACUCUGUCUAAUGCCAGACAAUUUACCUCAUCAAGGGGAGUAAUGCGAAUACACCAGACAGACUAGAGAAUUACAAGAAGGGCCAAAGCUGUAUUUGGUUCCCCCUGUGAAGGAAAUUUCUGCCAUCCAGGAGAAUCUACUUCUGAUAAUAGUAAAAUGUGCCUGGAUGUCCGAAGGGGGUAGCAGUGGCGUAGCAAACUUGAUAAUGGGGGGGGGGGCGAUAUUCAUAUACAAUAUAUUUCAAAAAAAAUUAAUGAUGCAGAACAUGAAUACAUGAAUAUUGCCCCCCCCCCCAAUUAUCGAGUUUGCCAUACCCUACUAAGGGAGAGGGGGGGAGACUAACUUCCAAUUUCUUCCUUGAGGGAUAUGUGGAUUUUUCUUCACUGACCCAUGUUGUAAAUGUUCUUCACUGGAGAUCUUUAAAUUUUGAAAACAGAAUGCCCCUAAGAUUUUAGAAAGUGUUUAUAUGGAGGCAAGCUAAUAGCCCUUAUGCAUAAUGACGUCACAAGGCUUGAGGAUUCGAUAGUGACCAUUUUGAAUUGUUUAAUUCUCCUGGACAAUGACUACUAUGACAAGCAUUCCUGGCGGGCAUCAAGCCUUGUGAUGUCAUAGACACUUAGAAAAUACAUACAUGUAAAUACAUACACGUAUCUUUUAAGAUUAUGAUACAUUCUCAUGUUUCAUAAUUACGAUAUGUACUGUAUACAUGUAAAAAGCACUAAUCAAUCACUGAAAAGCAAUGAUGUGUUUCCAAGGGAUGAAUAACACAUACUUUUCAACGAUGUACCAACACAUUUAAAAUGGUUGUAAAUGUUUUUUUUAUAAAUUGAAAGCAGUUGAUAUAUAGGAUUUACUACUUUAAUAUGGCUGCUUUUCACUCAUACGCACAUAUACACAUGGAAAAGUUGAAAUCCCUUUCAGUGAUACAUAUAACUAAGCGAAUAAAAGAACAGCAUUUAGUUUUGUGUAUCAUUUAAUGUGUAUUUCUGUUCAUGUAAUUAAUACUGUAUGAAAUUUAAAAAGAUCUAAACUAGAUACUCAAAUUUAGUCUAAGAACUUUUUUAGUGCCUGUUGCCAAAUUUGUCCUCUUAUUAGUUAUAAAUUUGAAAGACAACUUACUUGCAUUUAAAAUUUGCCAUGAUCAAAUCAUCAAUUGGUCAUAUAUAGGUUGAAGAAGCAAAUUGUGCUGACGUUUUUGAAGAAUUUGUAGCAUCAUUUGAAGGGGCAGCAUCAAAAGGAAAGACAUUUGUACGUGGAAAUGUUGUUAAUCCUGGUCAGGCAAAAGGUAUUACAGAAAAUUUGCCUUUGUUUUAAAGAUAUUACAGAAAAUUUGGGUUUACAGAUUUACCAAAUUUGACAAUUUAUAUAGUAUAUUUAUAUAUUCAUUGGUCCACAGUGUUUGGUACCAGUUUUAAAAUGUGGGACAUCCUGUAUGUAUCAAACUAACAAUUUUUCACCCAUCAUCUCAUGCCAUAAACCCUUUACCUAUCUCACAC